GACCGCGGCGGGACGGGCGCACGGCGGAGAGCGGCGCGGCGGGGUGCCUGCUGCUGCCCAGCGAGGGCACGGAGUAGGUGACGCCGCCGUAGACGCCGCUGAGGAAAAGCAUGUGUGCUGAGUUUGGUGGCAGAAUUUUUAAGGUACGUGGGCAGUCUGUGGCAAAUACAUCUGAAGAAGGUGUGACUGUCUACAAGAGUCGGCUGAACUUGUGCGUGGAGACACAGAAGUGCCAGCAAGCCCAGGAAAGGAACUAAUUGGAAGAAUAUUACCACACAUAGAAAUAGUGGAGCACUUACUUCAUCAACAGUCAGUGACUCAGAAUAAAUAUAUCAGUAAAUACAUCAGCAGUGAAAUGAUAAAUCUUGAUGCUUCUUGAUUCUCUGGUGGAUUUUGUUACUUAAGAGACAUUUUCAUUAUCCCAUUUAAUAAGUCUUGAAUUUCUCUGUACAUUAAAAUAUAACUGGACAAUCACAUUUUGAUACCUUUUAAUAACACUUUUGAAUGUUAAAUCGUUUGCCAAGAUGAGUGCUGAGGGAUAUCAAUAUAGAGCUUUAUAUGACUACAAAAAAGAGCGAGAAGAAGACAUUGACUUGCACUUGGGAGAUAUAUUAACUGUGAAUAAAGGUACCUUACUAGCACUUGGAUUUAGUGAAGGGGAAGAAGCAAAGCCUGAGGAAAUUGGUUGGUUAAAUGGCUUUAAUGAAACCACAGGGGAGAGGGGAGAUUUCCCAGGAACUUAUGUAGAGUACAUUGGAAGAAAAAAAAUAUCUCCCCCAACUCCAAAGCCUCGUCCUCCUCGGCCUCUUCCAGUAGCACCAGGUCCUACAAAAGCUGAAGCAGAGAGUGAGCAACAAGCUUUUUCACUUCCAGAUCUUACAGAACAGUUUGCACCCCCUGAUGUUGCUCCACAGAUUCUUGUCAAGUUAGUAGAGACCAUUGAAAAGAAAGGUCUGGAGUGCUCAACUUUGUAUGGAGCACAAGGCUCAAGCAGUUUAGCGGACUUAAGACAAAUCUUUGAAUGUGAUGCCUCUUCAUUAGAUUUAGAGACAUUUGAUGUGCAUACUUUAUCAGAUGCUCUCAAGAGGUAUAUCCUGGACCUGCCAAAUCCCAUCAUUCCAGCUGCUGUUCACAGUGACAUGAUUUCUGUAGCUCAAGAAGUGCAGAGCUCAGAAGAGUAUGCUCAGUUGCUGAAGAAACUCAUCAGAUCUCCAAAUAUACCUCCCCAAUAUUGGCUUACACUCCAGUAUUUGCUCAAACAUUUCCUCAGAGUUUGUCAAGCCUCCAGCAAAAAUCUUUUGAAUGCAAGGUCCUUGUCUGAAAUUUUCAGCCCUCUGCUUUUCAGAUUCCAGAUCACAAGCUCUGAUAAUACGGAACACCACAUAAAAAUCGUCGAAGCUUUAAUCACAAGUGAAUGGAAUGAGAGGCAGCCUGUACCAGCACUGCCUCCUAAGCCACCAAAACCUAAUACCGUAACUAACAAUAGCAUGAAUAACAACAUGUCAUUACAAGAUGCAGAAUGGUACUGGGGAGAUAUCUCAAGGGAAGAAGUAAAUGAGAAGCUUCGAGACACUGCUGAUGGUACCUUUUUGGUACGAGAUGCUUCAACCAAGAUGCAUGGGGACUACACACUUACUCUAAGGAAAGGAGGAAAUAACAAAUUAAUCAAAAUUUUUCAUCGAGACGGAAAAUAUGGUUUUUCUGACCCAUUAACUUUCAACUCUGUGGUCGAGCUAAUAAACCACUACCGGAAUGAAUCUCUAGCCCAGUAUAAUCCUAAACUGGAUGUAAAAUUACUGUAUCCAGUAUCUAAGUACCAACAGGAUCAAGUUGUAAAAGAGGAUAGCAUUGAAGCAGUGGGAAAGAAAUUACAUGAAUAUAAUACCCAGUUCCAAGAAAAAAGCAGAGAAUAUGACAGACUGUAUGAAGACUACACAAGAACAUCUCAGGAAAUUCAAAUGAAAAGAACAGCUAUUGAGGCAUUUAAUGAAACAAUAAAAAUAUUUGAAGAGCAGUGCCAAACACAAGAAAGAUACAGUAAGGAGUACAUUGAAAAAUUUAAACGAGAAGGAAAUGAAAAAGAAAUACAGAGAAUUAUGCACAACUAUGAAAAACUGAAGUCUCGGAUAAGUGAAAUUGUGGACAGCAGGCGUAGAUUAGAAGAAGAUUUAAAGAAGCAAGCAGCUGAAUAUAGAGAGAUAGACAAGCGUAUGAACAGCAUUAAACCAGACCUCAUACAGCUGAGGAAGACAAGAGAUCAGUACUUGAUGUGGCUGACUCAAAAAGGUGUUCGGCAAAAGAAGCUAAAUGAGUGGCUUGGAAAUGAAAAUGCAGAAGACCAAUACUCUAUGGUAGAAGAUGAUGAGGACUUGCCCCAUCAUGAUGAGAGAACAUGGAAUGUGGGAAAUAUCAAUAGAAGCCAAGCUGAAAAUCUGCUGCGCGGAAAGCGAGAUGGAACAUUCCUUGUUCGAGAAAGCAGCAAACAAGGCUGCUAUGCCUGCUCUGUUGUGGUGGAUGGAGAAGUAAAGCACUGUGUGAUAAACAAAACACCUACUGGGUAUGGAUUUGCAGAGCCAUAUAACUUGUACAAUUCGCUCAAAGAACUGGUGCUACAUUAUCAACACACAUCACUUGUGCAGCACAAUGACUCUCUCAAUGUCACACUAGCCUACCCAGUUUAUGCACAGCAGAGGCGAUGAACAUCUUAAUACUGUGGAUUGUUUGGUUUUUUCUAGAGAAAUGAUUUGACAACAUUGAGGCCUCUGGAGAGAAAAGGCUCCUUUCAGCUUUACUCAAGAAUUUGCAGUCUCAAAGCUGUUUCAGAUAGGACUAGAGAUUUCCUUCACAACUGUGGUGGGAGAGAUCACAGUAGUAAGCCGUGAAUGUAUGUUUGCAAUCUGAAGUGCUUUUUGGUUUUUUUGUAAUUAAGAAAAGAAAAACACGAGAAAAAUCCAAACCUGAUCUCCCUGCAGGGACAUAGAGGCCUUUAAGCAUGGUGCUUGUUUACGACCACUUCUGAAGCUUUACCAGCUAGAACAUUGGAUUAUCCAGACACAAGGUAUAAGAGGUCUGUAUCAUUCAGUUAUUGGAAUUUUGUGGUCACAACCUAACUUGGAAUGAUGUUGCUGCACUCAGUGGAUCCAGGCACACAGCGUUGUGGAUUUUUUUGGUUUCUAGUGAAUGAUAUGUAGCAGAAUGAACGGCACUUUCAUUUCUAAGGGAUACUUUAAAAGGACUUCAGUUACAGUAUGUUGUUCAGAGUAAUUGUAAUAGCAAAGUGCCAGGAAGUGUUUUGUUUAGAUGAUUAAAAAUCCUGUUUUAAGAAUAUAUUUAAGACUGAAGAAAACAGGACUUUCAGUGGCAUACAGUGUAUAAUAGUGUACAUAGUAUUGGAUGACUAACUAUCAUUGAUGGAAACUGUCAAUAUCAGACUGCUUCUUUUUUCCCUUUUCUGUUUGCUGAAAGCUGAAUUCUUAGACCAUGCUAUGCAAUACUGAAUUUUCUUUAGGCUGUAGUCUUCUUUCAAGCAUAUCUACAGGCUUCUUUUUCUUUCUUGUUUCCUUGUCUUCUUUUUUUUUGUUAUUUC